AUGUCGUCACCACGGACAUCCGCCGUGUUGCGUGCGCAGUUGUUCACUGAGUUCGUCGGCGAGUUAAACGGGGAGUUGCAUGCGAAGAACGAGAAGGCGGUGGUGCUUGUACACAACCCUUCGCACACCCUCACCGGGUGUGUGAAACGGACAAGCACGGUGGAGGGGUUUGUCAUGGAGGAGCUGACACGGGUGAAGGUUGUGCAGACAUUUGGCGUGAUGCCGGCUGCUGCGUUUUCUGCGAUAAAUGGUGUUGUGGACACAUUGAAGGCAGUUUUCCGGACGUGGUUUCUGCGAACGGCAGUCACGAGCACGGAGUGGACCCGUGCGGGCAUUUUUCUACGGCCGCCGCUGCACGAAGUCCUCCGUAGCUGUCGCCGCGUGAGCCGCAUGGUUCAUGAUGGUUUCGUGAAGCAGGCGGAGGCAUUGGGUAUUCCACCGCGCGACGUGCCAAAGGAGGCCAGAGUGGUGAAUGAGGAGGUGGUGAGCCGCCUUCGACGCACGCCCACUAAGCGCAACCGGACGGACCGCUCUAGUGAUGAGGGGAUCACGUCUGACGCGUCGGAUGAGGCAGGCCAAUCCCGGAAGGCGGGGGUGUUGUUCCCAGUGGAGGAUGACAAAGAGAGCGUCGUACGCUUGGUCUAG